AUGUUGGAGGUUCGUAAAUUUUUCGGUGAACACACAUGUUCAUUGGAUGUUCGACAUAAAGAUCACCAUCAGGCAUCCCCAUGGCUUAUUGGACAUGUCAUAAGGAGAAAAUUUGAGGGUGAUAAUGUUAAUUACAAGCCAAGGUCAAUUGUAAAAGAUAUGAGUUUAUCAUAUGGAGUUCAUAUGAGCUAUGCUAAAGCUUGGAGGUGUCGAGAGCAUGCAUUGGCUUACAUAAGAGGUGCACCAGAAUCAUCAUUUCAAAAACUUCCCUCAUUUCUAUACAUGAUGGAGCAAAAAAAUCCUGGAACUGUUACUCAUUUGCAGAUGGACAAUGAAGGUAGGUUCAAAUAUUUCUUCAUGGCCUUAGGUGUUUCUAUAAUGGGGUUUAAAACAUAUAUUCGCCCAGUUAUAUGUGUAGAUGGAACCUUCUUGACUACUCAGUGUGGAGGUACUUUGUUAUGUGCCAUGGGACAAGGUGCUAACAAACAAAUAUAUUCAAUUGCAUUUUCAGUAGUUGACUCAGAGAAUAAUGACUCAUGGUUGUAUUUUCUAUUGAGGUUGAAGGAAGCGAUUGGUGAAGUGGAGAAUCUAGUAUUCGUGUCUGAUAGACAUACUAGUAUAGCAACGAAAGCUUAUAGAAAGCGAGAGUUUUUACCCCAUUUUGAGAAGAUUAAAUUCAAAGAUCUUGCAAUUGCUCAAUACUUAGAGAAUCAAGUGGGUUUUGAAAAUUGGGCUCGUUCUUUCUUUCCUGGUCAUCGAUAUAAUUUAAUGACUACAGGUAUUGCCGAAAGCUGGAACAAUGUCAUUGCUGAGGCACGUGGGUGGCCAAUUACUUGUCUUAGGGAAUUUAUGAGGCACACUUUACAAAAAUGGUUAUUCGAGCAUCGAACUGCAGCAUCAGCGGCUACAGGUCCUCUUGCCACAGAAGUGGAAGCUGAUUUGCGAAAGUUAGCAGACAAGUCCACUACCUCGUUCCCUUUUCCGUCUAGUCUUCCUUGUGAACACGCUCUAGCUGGUGCUCGAGAUCGUGGCAUUAGUCCAUAUAGUUUAUGCUCCAGAUUCUACACAGUUGAAGCGUGGUUGUCAUCCUAUGGUGGAUCUGUAUAUACGCUGGGUAAUGAAGAAUCUUGGGUGGUACCAAAUGACAUAGGAAGUAUGAUGAUAGCUCCUCCUUUAGUGAAGCAAAAGGCUGGUCGUCCAAAGAAGAAACGACGUUUAUCAAAGGGUGAGAAGAAUAGCAAACAACAUAGAUGUAGUAGAUGUGGUGUCCUGGGCCACAAUCAAGUGACGUGCACCAUUGUUUGUCCCCCGCCGUUUAGACAUGCUUAG